AUGAACCACAAGAAGAAUCGAUUAAUGGCUAAACCCACUUCAAACACAAAGCCAAAGUCCAAGGAAAUGAAUUCCUCGCUAAACUCUCCUCAACCAAUAAUUUUGAUUGUUCCGACGGAUGAUGUCCAGUCGACAAUAGAACAGAUUUCAAGUUCUUUCCGUUCAACGUGUGAAGUAGCAGUUCAAGCUCAAACCUCUUCCUUCAUUCCGCAGACAUCAACGAUUGGAGUUGGAAAUGAACUCCCACAAUCAUACGAUUUCGGAGGUCAAUAUAACUAUUUACAGCCACAGGACUCAUACUACUCUACCCAUCCUCCGGGUAUGGAAAUGGGUAUGAACACUGGAGAAGCAGGAUAUGAAAGCUAUGACCCAUUACUGUCUGACGUAUGCUGUCCGUAUUGA